AUGACAUCUACUACCGUCCACCCAGGCAACUAUGUCCAAGAACUCCGCCCUCAUCUGUGCCGCACCGAGGCCGAUCCUCGACCAGUGGUUAUGAUGACUUCAGGUGUCGCAGGCUCCGGAAAGUCAACACUCGCCCACUCGAUCAUAUCGGCGUAUCCAUCCUUCAAGCGUUUCUCUAUCGACUGGUACAUUUACUCCAACCAUGGACUCUAUGGCGUGGAUUACCCGCGACAACGAUACGAAGAAUACCAGCUAGAAGGAGAGGAAGCAUUGAGGGCGGAAUUAGCCGCCACUGUGGAAAGAGGAGAUGUAGACGUCGUGCUUGAUUUUUCGUUUGCGUUCAGAGAAGUACGGGAGGCAUGGAAAUCAUUGAUUGAGAGGGCGGGCGGGCGUUGGGUGCUGGUGUAUUUGGAUGUCGACGCUGCAGAACUGCGGCGGAGAGUAAAGGCGCGGAAUGAGCGGGUUGAUAAGGAUGGGGACUCGGCGUUUUAUAUGACGGACGAGAUCUUGGAGAGGUAUAUUAGUGGCUUUGAGAGACCUGUUGGAGAGGGAGAGAUUGUACUGUGA